AUGGAUCAUGUUAUGAAAUCGCCCGUGUACAAGGAUUAUAUAGAACGUGCAGUGGCGGAGGCAACUUUGAACCUAGUGGCUGAAAUCAUUUUGGGAAAGAGGAGCAGAAUCGGCGAGUUUGUUUCUCGACGAUGGUGGCUGCCUCGUUCUCCAGAUUUCGGCCAUGAAUUGGAUAUGCUGGAAGCUGGUUUGAAAUGUCUUCGAGCUGAUGUGGCCACCAUCGGCAAGCAGAGAGCAGAACUGAAACAGGCACUUCUGCGUGAAACGUCAGAGCUUCCCCGUCCUCCUUCAGCUACUUCUAGUAGCUAA